UUCGCGAAUCCUUUGGGCGAUAUUAGUAGCCCAGCGUAAUCUUCAUUGUGUUUUUGUGCCGAAAGAUCGCACUCGAAGUGAACAAAAUAUUUUGUAGAUUUUUAAGGGGAAAAUAUAACGAUUUUCCUUGGAAGUUUUGCUGUUUGGAGAGGAUGUCGUCAAGAAGCGAGUCUUACUACGGUGGCGGAUGGUCCGAUCAGUCUGGUCCGGCUGGCGAUCGGGACGAUGAUCGCGAUCGCGGGGGAAGGUUCGGGUUCGCCGGGCGGGAUCGGGACCGCGGAGAGCGGUCGGGAUCCGGCCGAGUCGACAUGGACAAACCGCCAAACAGCAGACUCUUCAUCGUCUGUGGGAGGAACCACACGGAGGCGGAGCUUAAGGAGCACUUUGAGCGAUUUGGCACGAUCGAUGACGUAUGGCUGGUCAAGAACAGAUCCACCAAUGAGAGCAAAGGAGUGGCUUACAUCAAGUACACCAAGGCCUCCGAGGCGGCCAUCGCCAUGGAGGAAACAGACAACAAAUGCAUCGGGUCCGACCCUAAACCACUCAAGGUUUUGAUUGCCAACUCCCGACGUUCAGGAAGCAAGCAAGACAUCGACGGACAGAAGGAGCUUAUGCGUAUCUUCAUCAUGGUCCCUAAGAUCUACACGGACGAUGACGUCCGAGAAAAAUUCCAAGUUUAUGGUGAGAUUGACCAUAUUAACUUACUGAAGGACAGGCGGUCCGGGGAGAACAAAGGAUUCGCUUACGUAAAAUUCCGCAAAGUUUCCAGUGCGGCUGUCGCUAUCGAGAGCUCUGAUCGAGGAUUCAAGGCUAUAUUAGCAGAACCUAAAGGCCAUCGGAAUCGCGACGAACCAAUGCCGGGUCAGAUGCACGAAUCCGCUUUCACCGGGGGAGGAUUCCGGCCCGACUCCGCCUUUGAUCCACGGUCCAGCUUUGCCUCUCCCGUGGGUGGGGGGUUCCACACCUACGAGCCUAACUCCUACCACCACCCUGCCACAGUGACAGAUCCACAAAUCUCGCCCAAGCUCUACGUAGUUGUUAACGGCAGCGUCACCGAAAGUCAACUGAGGGCGCUGUUCGAUCUGGUACCCGGACUCGAAUACUGCGACCUGAGACAGGAGCGAAGCGAUUUUGGAGUCAAGGGUAUUGCCUACGUGCGUUACAGUACGGCCGUUUCAGCGGUUUACGCAAAGCAAAAGUUGGACCGUUUUGAGUACCCGCCCAGUUGCCCGCUGUCGGUGAAGUUUGUCGAGGAGCCAGGCUCACCGACGGACACUGUACGAGCGCAAGUCCAGCAGGGGCAGGCACAGUUGCCGAGUUACGCCAUGGACCCUACCAUGUUACGUCUUCCGGCCCAACAACCGCUGGUCCACAUCGACUCUGAGUGCAUGGAGAGACUGUUCAUUGUCUGCAAUCCUGUGGCCCCGCCUCCUGCGGUCUUGACGGACAUCUUCUGUCGCUUUGGCAACCUGAUCGAGUGCUACAUGCUCAACAACCGGAACUUUGGCUACGCCAAAUAUGCAGAUAAGAGCAGCGCCCUCAAGGCCAUUGAGAUGAUCCACGGCCAGGAGGUUUCUGGGAUACGCUUUAAGGUCAUGGUGGCCGACCCCCAGACCAACGACACGCGCAAACGACCCCGCACCACCUAAGGCCAAACCGCAGUGGAUGAGGUAAGUAUAUCAAUGUCUUCCAACGGUAACUCUAAGCGAAAAUUUACUGAACAGAAAAUUGUAAAUUUCCAAAAUUACUAUUUUUAUCCAGUGAUUGAUUUUGAUAUUGCAUAUAUUUUUGUAAAAUUAUGAAAAUGCUAUAUUUACUUUUCCAGAGCAGCUGACUAAAUUUCCAGUGUUUUGAUGAAACCAAUGUUUGUUUUUUUGACAUAAACAUUUGAAACUUUGGUUUGGUUAACUGACAAAUUGACAACUUUCACUAACUAUACAAAGACAGGAACAUUUUCACUGUACUUACAAAUGAAAACAGUUAAGUUCACUUUGAACACAAAACUAACCUUAUCAGCAACGAUUUUCCUUAGUUCCAUACCUACAGCAAAAGGACUUGGAUAUUAAUUCCAAAAUAUUACAUACCUGUCUUGCACCAAAGCUUGUUCCAUUUUGACUUUGUGUACUGACCACUUUCAUUCCUUUCCACACACAGACAAGGAGACUGACUAAAAAAAACAAAAAAAACAAGCAAACCCCACUGACCCCAACUACCGACCUCCCUCACCUUUGACCUUCGCAAGUGAUUGACCCCGCAAGACAGUCACAUUUGACACUUGACCCGAUGACCUGAUGAUAAGGAAAAAGAAAACAAAAUUCUGGAGACAGAAAAGCAGUCGCUGGAUGACACGAGACUGGCUGUCGGGAAAACGUCAGCUAAAUUGAGGAUAAAGACAUAAACGGAGGAACUUGUUACCAUGACAACGUCAACAAAGCAGACGCUGACAUGAACUGAAAAACAGAAGUCGGUCGAAGGCACUCAAAGGAAACACCAGCGACUGGACAAAGCGUGACCCGACCAAGCAGAGAGACAUUGCAAAAAAACCAACGCCUGAUUUUACUUUUGACUGGAGAUGCUGUAGCGACGACAACGCAAGACGUAACCAUGCACUGUUAUUUUGCGGAACACCUCCCGAACUUUGAAACGCCAUGACUCGCUGACUCGAAACCCAACGAACCCAAUCUGCCACAAGACGACACAGAUGCGACCAGAUGGCUUUUCUGACGUAAACAGGAGCACUUUCACGCUGCGACAACAACGAAAAAAACAAUCACGUGCAUAAAUCGGAGCGGAGUUCUGCUGACACGAACAAACGUGGAAGACACAACCAGCACAGGAUUACAAACCGCUUGACAGAGGACGACUGUCAACGUUCAUGGGAAACCAUUUGACCCACUUAAGUAUCUGACCUCAAACUUAGACCAUUUGAAUGACCUUGUGACCCACUAAACUGUACAUACAGCAAUCAUUUACCACACUAAAGUGUACAUACAGAAAUGUUGUUUGUGGACCGUUUUCUUUUUCAUUGUUGCAUAUAAACAGCAGAUUUUUGUGCAGUUUGUCUCUUUUUCUUUGAAAACCGUUAGACUUUCAGGCAACGAAAUGACAUGUUUGGACUUGAUGAACAGAAUCGAUAAAUAGUAGACUGGUCAAAAUUUGUUUCUCUGUAUUCAGCUGAACUUUUGAUUUUUUUUUUGACUGACAAGUGUUUUGCCUCCAAGAUUUUGAAGCUUAUCGCAGGCUUAAAUAUAAUUACUAUCUAUCGCUUACUCGCUUAUACUCUGUUUGGUCUUGGGUGAGGAGAACCAGUGAAUUUUUACGCCCCGUGCAUUACUUCAUAUACACAACCGUGAACUGUUUACCAACUAAACUUAUUCUGCAUUGCACUCAAUUGUUAGUACCAUGGCAACUGUUUUAUGGGUGUGGCUAACUCGUAAUCAUAAACAAGACAUUACAGUUUCUGUAUUUUGACAGUUCUAAUUGGCUACAGCUUGGGGCAAAAAUUUAAUGACAAAAUAAAAUUUUGGAUUUCGAAUGGAUGCGUCGAGUCAAACUAAAAUUCAAUAUCGCAAGGACUGAAUUUGGACACUAAUCAGCGCCCGUAUACACUGCUCAGAGUUUUAGGCCC